CACCGCCUCGGAGGUUAUUUUAAUAUCGGAAAAAAUAAUUUUAGUAACAAUAUUUGCGUAAUAGUAAUAAAGACCCAUGUACUUCAAAUACGAAGUGAGGAGUUAUUGAAUUUUAAUUAUCUGUAGUAUGUUUGAGUAUUAGUAUUGAGCCGGCUUCAAGAAAUAUCUUGGCAGUACGAUUACUACGAGAUUAUCAUCAUGUGGACGGUGUGUGUGCCUGGCUGGAGCGCGAUGAUGGUGGCGGGCACCCUAUUGCUGUAUGGGACCUUGGACGUGGCAUACUUUGCACGAAUGAUGUACACCGUCGCGAAAGCGAGGUACUUUAGGAAGAAAAUAUGCAUAUUGGAUACCACGGAGGUACAAUCUUGGUGCCUCCUCACCGAUAUAGAUACUUUACUGUACCACAUGAACAACGCGCGGUAUCUGCGCGAGCUGGACUUCGCUCGUGCUGAUUUUUACGAACGGAGUGGUCUUUAUGCUAACAUAAAGGCGGCUGGGGGUUCCGUACUCCAAGCAGCGACCACCAUCCGUUACAGACGAUAUCUGAAGCCUUUCACCAAGUUCACGAUAACAUCGAAGGCAAUUUUUUGGGAUGAAAAGACAUUUUUUAUGGAGCACGAGUUCAUUGGUCCCGGAGGUUUUGUCCACGCCGUAGCGCUAUGUCGUCAGCGGAUAAUAGAUACUUCAGUAGCUGCCAUUGCCGAGUUACUGCUGCAGUUACAUUGUUCCGGAAGCUGCAAAUCACCGCCUGAGAAGAUGCCUUCUGAGUUGGAACUGUGGGUACAAAGCAAUGAACUGAGUUCAGCCAAGUUGCGGCCUACUGCCUCCGCACUCCCUUCACUCGAACCGCAUCCCCUCAGCUGCGGAGAGAUAAUCCUCAAGGCGGCCGAGUGAAAUCAGCUUAGCCCGAACGUAAACUUACGGUCUCGUAAGCAAAUGUAAGAGAUUACCAGGUUUUCGUUCGGGUUCGUUUUGGCAAGUAACAGAUGAAAAAGUGUCAACGUCAAAAUGACAGAUGACAGCGAGUUUAUCCUUUUUUAAAUUAUUAAUCAAAAUU